AUGUACGCUUUUGCACAGAUGAGUGGAAACGGUCUUGCUACCUAUGAAUGGAACGAUGAAGUCCAAUAUGGUGUUGUGAUGAGUAAGAAGAUGGAGAACCCCAACCUGAAAGUGAUGCUCGCAGUUGGAGGUUAUAACCAUGGUGUGUCUAGGUUUUCCGCUAUGGUUUCAUCGCUGUCGAAUAUUGAAGAAUUUGCAAAUAAUGCCAUCACAUUUUUGAGGAAUUAUAACUUUGAUGGUCUUGAUUUGGAUUGGGAAUAUCCGGCUCAUCGAGGAAGCCCUGCUGAGGACAGAGAAAAAUUCACUCAGCUCACGAUGGUUUUACGCCAGGAAUUCGAUAAAGAAGGCUCCAGAACAAAUCGGCCGGCUUUGCUUCUUUCUGCAGCCGUAUCUGCAAGUAAAGAAACAGUUGAUACAGCUUAUGAAAUCGGCCUUGUGUCACAGUAUGUCGACUUUAUCAACCUGAUGGCGUAUGAUUUUCAUGGAACGUGGGAUGCUACGGCAGGACACAACAGUCCGUUGUAUGAACGUACAGGGGAAAAUGGAAACGAACUGUAUAAGAAUCAGAAUGCCGGAAUCCAACACUGGCUAUCCAAUGGGACUCCUCCUGAGAAGUUAGUCCUGGGACUUGCUUUAUACGGUCGUUCAUUUACGCUGGUUAGCUCAUCCGACGUAGCCAUGGGAAGCGCAGUUAUUGGUGCGGGCACCAAAGGGACAUACACAGACGAAGCAGGCUAUCUAGGCUAUUUUGAGAUAUGUGAUAGAAUUGAAAACGGCGGAUGGACUAAAAUUUGGCACAACGAGCAUCAGGUUCCGUAUGCUUACAGUGGUAGCCAAUGGGUCGGAUUCGAUGACGUCCAGAGUUUUACGAUAAAGGCCGAAUAUAUAAAGUCUAUGGGCCUCGGAGGUUCAAUGGUUUGGGCUAUGGAUUUGGACGACCAUAACAAUAUAUGCGGACUCGGAGAAAAUCCCAUGAUGGCUGCUUUGAAAUCCGUCUUGGAAUCAUCAAGUACUGCUUCAACAAUAUCACAACAACCAUCUUUGACUACUCAAGGGAUCCCAACCACCACCAAUAUGUUUACAAACGGACCAUCUACUAAUGGUAGCAUAGCUUACAAGAGGGUAUGCUAUUUUACCAACUGGGCGCAAUAUCGAGCAAAUCCAGCGACGUUUACAGCUGCCAAUAUCGAUGCCAACCUUUGUACUCACAUCAUGUACGCUUUUGCACAGAUGAGUGGAAACGGUCUUGCUACCUAUGAAUGGAACGAUGAAGUCCAAUAUGGUGUUGUGAUGAGUAAGAAGAUGGAGAACCCCAACCUGAAAGUGAUGCUCGCAGUUGGAGGUUAUAACCAUGGUGUGUCUAGGUUUUCCGCUAUGGUUUCAUCGCUGUCGAAUAUUGAAGAAUUUGCAAAUAAUGCCAUCACAUUUUUGAGGAAUUAUAACUUUGAUGGUCUUGAUUUGGAUUGGGAAUAUCCGGCUCAUCGAGGAAGCCCUGCUGAGGACAGAGAAAAAUUCACUCAGCUCACGAUGGUUUUACGCCAGGAAUUCGAUAAAGAAGGCUCCAGAACAAAUCGGCCGGCUUUGCUUCUUUCUGCAGCCGUAUCUGCAAGUAAAGAAACAGUUGAAACAGCUUAUGAAAUCGGCCUUGUGUCACAGUAUGUCGACUUUAUCAACCUGAUGGCGUAUGAUUUUCAUGGAACGUGGGAUGCUACGGCAGGACACAACAGUCCGUUGUAUGAACGUACAGGGGAAAAUGGAAACGAACUGUAUAAGAAUCAGAAUGCCGGAAUCCAACACUGGCUAUCCAAUGGGACUCCUCCUGAGAAGUUAGUCCUGGGACUUGCUUUAUACGGUCGUUCAUUUACGCUGGUUAGCUCAUCCGACGUAGCCAUGGGAAGCGCAGUUAUUGGUGCGGGCACCAAAGGGACAUACACAGACGAAGCAGGCUAUCUAGGCUAUUUUGAGAUAUGUGAUAGAAUUGAAAACGGCGGAUGGACUAAAAUUUGGCACAACGAGCAUCAGGUUCCGUAUGCUUACAGUGGUAGCCAAUGGGUCGGAUUCGAUGACGUCCAGAGUUUUACGAUAAAGGCCGAAUAUAUAAAGUCUAUGGGCCUCGGAGGUUCAAUGGUUUGGGCAAUGGAUUUGGACGACCAUAACAAUAUAUGCGGACUCGGAGUAAAUCCCAUGAUGACUGUUUUGAAAUCCGUCUUGGAAUCAUCAAGUACUGCUUCAACAAUAUCACAACAACCAUCUAUGACUACUCAAGGCAUCCCAACCACCACAAAUCUUUUAACAAAUGGACCAUCUACCACUGAAUCAUCAACUACUGCUUCAACAAUAUCACAACACCAAUCUAUGGCUACUCAAGUGACCCCGACCACCACCAAUCAGUCAACAAAUAUACCAUCUACUACUGGUGAACAUACUACAACACCUACAGUCAUUACAAGUAUAGUUACCUCAAGCUUAACGUCUACAACCAAUUCGUCACCUUCGACUGCUGCUACCAGUUCGAGGCUAUCAACAAGUAAACAUACAACGAGGAUGACUCAACCUUCAAGUGAACAUACUACAACAAACUCCACUGCAACAAAUGUAAAUGCAACAAUGUCAACGUUACCGACAACUCAACCAGCCAAUUCACCAACGACCUCUGCAAACAACUGCGAACCAACAGUGUGUCCAGCGGGACAUAUCGUGCCGUCUCUGUGUGACCCGUCCUGUGUGUUCCAAUGCUGCAGUGGAGGCAACAUACAACACUGCUGUCAGUCCGGUUACACCUGGAAUGAUGCCGAAGAGAAGUGUCAGAUGACAGGAACAUUGGCAACAACAGCUUCUAUCAAUCUUCCUAACUGUGACGUGCCUUCGUCUUGUACACAUGGCGUAUUUACCGCUGACCAGUGUGAUCCACAGUGCUACUACAACUGUGCCCACGGUACAGCCUACCACGUCUGUUGUUCUGCCGGAACUUUGUGGGAUGAUUUUAUAAAGAACUGUAACUACCCCCACCUCAUCCAGUACGAUCCAGCUUGCCAUCAUAGUGUUUGUCCAGCGUAUCAGUUCCUUCCGGACCCCUGUGUGCCUGAUUGUUACUACCAGUGUUCCUCUACUGGUGUGGACUUCCGGUACUGUUGUUCUUCAGGACUACUUUGGGACGAAUCCAUUAAAAACUGUAACUAUCCCGCAGCAAUGCCUCCUACAACUGCAGCAAAAAAUACUGCCUCCGGCCAGGCCACUACGUCAUCACAAAAUGGCGGACAAACAACCGGAACAUCCGCGUUUCAUUCGAUCAUCUUUUCAGAUUGCAGUGCGCCAGUGACAAUGCAGACUGGACCAACAAGUGUGCCUGCAACUCUAAUGACGUCACCAACUAGUACAACAAGUAUAACAAGCACACCGACGUCGGCCUCAAACAAUUGCGAACCAUCCGUGUGUCCAGACGGACUACUUGUAUCAUCUCUGUGUGACCCGUCCUGUGUGUUCCAAUGCUGCCAUGGAGGCAAUAUAGAACACUGCUGUCAGUCCGGUUACACGUGGAAUGAAGACGAGGAACACUGUCAGAUGACUGUACCGGUAGCGACGACGCCUCCUUACAACAUUCCCAACUGUGACGUGCCUUCGUCUUGUACACAUGGCGUAUUUACCGCUGACCAGUGUGAUCCACAGUGCUACUACAACUGUGCUCACGGUACAGCCUACCACGUCUGUUGUUCUGACGGAACUUUGUGGGAUGAUUUUAUAAAGAACUGUAACUACCCACACCUCAUCCAGUACGACCCAGCAUGUCAUCAUAGUGUAUGUCCUGCGUAUGAGUUCCUUCCAGACCCCUGUGUGCCUGAUUGUUACUACCAGUGUUCUUCUACUGGUGUGGACUUCCGGUACUGUUGCUCUUCAGGACUACUUUGGGACGAAUCCAUUAAAAACUGUAACUAUCCCGCAGCAAUGCCUCCUACAACUGCAAAAACUACUGCCUCCGGUCAUGCCACAACGUCAUCACAAAAUGGCGGACAACCAUCUGUAACAGUGGCCAUUCAUCAAAUCAACUUCUCCAAUUGUAGGAUGUACGAGUUCAAGCGAGUAUGUUAUUUCACCAACUGGGCCCAGUAUAGAGAAAACCCAAUGACGUAUACAGCUGAAAACAUCGAUCCCUUUCUCUGCACACACAUCAUGUUUGCUUUCUCACAGCUGGACGGCAACAGUUUGGUAACAGUAGAGUGGAAUGAUGUAUCCCAAUAUGGAAGAAUUAUAGACAUGAAAACGUUAAACCCCCGCCUGAAAAUCAUGUUAGCUGUAGGAGGAUACAACCACGGAGUGGAAAGAUUCUCGACAAUGGCUUCGUCAGAUAGGAAUAUCGAAGAAUUUGCAACAAGUGCUAUCACUUUCCUGAGAAAGUAUAAAUUUGACGGUCUUGAUCUUGAUUGGGAAUUCCCUGCCUAUGGUAAUAGUAGUAAAGAUGACAAAUUUCGAUUCUCAAGACUUACGCAGAUUUUACGACAAAGAUUCGAUGAUGAAGGUGUGCUAACCGAACGUACGGCUUUAUUGUUAUCAGCAGCCGUAUCGGCAGGAAAAGCUAACAUUGAUGCCGCUUACGAGGUGGACAUUAUAUCACGAGAGCUUGACUUCAUCAAUCUGAUGUCAUACGAUUUUCACGGUUCGUGGGAGGACACAACCGGUCAUAACAGUCCAUUGUACGCCAGAAGCGACGAACAGGGAAACCAGCGUUUUUUGAAUCAGGAGGCAGUCGUCCACUAUUGGCUGUCACUUGGAGCCCCACCUCACAAGCUGGUGAUGGGAAUGGCCUUGUUUGGUCGAACAUUUACGCUAGCUAACACUAAAGACGUUGGUCUAGGUGCCCCUACGACUGGAGCAGGAAAGUCUGGUGUAUACACAGCAGAAGCAGGCUUCCUGGCAUAUUAUGAGGUAUGCGAAAACAUGAAUCAAGGAUGGACCAGAGUUUGGGACGAGGAACAUCAGGUACCAUACGCCUUCUUUGGAAACCAAUGGGUCGGGUAUGACGAUGUCCAAAGUUUUGUUAUAAAGGCUGAGUACAUCCGGGCAAUGGGACUUGCAGGAUCCAUGGUGUGGGCUAUGGACCUUGAUGACUUCAAUAAUGUGUGCGGGCAGGGUGUGAACCCCCUCAUGACCACACUAAAGAACAUUCUCGAAUACCAAACACUUGGGCCGAUAACGGAUCGCCCACUUCCUGUUACUACAAUCACCACUACCUCUCAGAAACCUGUCACUUUGGUAACAUCUGACCCCCCUACAGAGAUGUCAACGUUCAAAAGAGUGUGUUAUUUCACCAACUGGGCCCAGUAUAGAGGAAGUCCGAUGAGGUUUACUGCUGAUGAUAUCGAUCCCUUCCUAUGCACCCACAUCCUGUUCGCUUUCUCACAGCUGCAUGGUAACGGUAUGGCUACAGUAGAAUGGAAUGACAUAGCUACUUAUAACAAAGUGAUGAAUUGGAAAAUGACAAAUCCCAACCUGAAGGUUAUGUUAGCAGUUGGAGGAUAUAAUCACGGUGUCAAAAGAUUUUCCGCCAUGGUUUCAUCUAAUCAGACAAUAGAGGAGUUUGCUGCCAGCGCUAUUCUCUUUCUACGACGUUACCAGUUUGACGGACUUGACCUUGAUUGGGAGUAUCCUGCCUACAAUACCAGUGGGCCAGACGAUAAAUUCAGAUUUACACGACUUAUAGAGAUUUUGCGACGUGAAUUUGACCUAGAAGGAACCUCUACUAAUCGACCUGUAUUGCAAUUGACAGCUGCGGUAUCGCCAUCUAAGGCAACUAGUGACGCCGCUUAUGAAAUUGACAUUAUUUCUCAGCAUCUCGACUUUAUCAAUUUAAUGUCGUACGAUUUCCAUGGCAGCUGGGACAAUUAUACAGGGCACAACAGCCCACUCUUUGCAAGGCGAAAUGAAUCAACAUUUCAGCAAUUACUUAAUCAGGACGCUGCUGUGCAGUACUGGAUAUCUCGAGGUACUCCGCCUCACAAACUGGUAAUGGGUCUGGCAUUGUAUGGUCGAUCUUUUACUCUGUCCUCCCUCAAUGAUGUUGGUUUGGGUGCUGACACGACUGGAGGUGGACACGCAGCCGAAUACACACGCGCCACGGGGUAUAUGGCAUAUUAUGAGGUAUGUGAUCGGAUUAAAAACAAAGGAUGGACAAGAGUAUGGGACGACGAACACCAGGUCCCUUUCGCCUACAGCGGUAGCCAGUGGGUCGGGUAUGACGACAUUGAGAGUUUCGCCCAAAAGGCGCAUUACAUAAGAACACAUGGACUAGGAGGUUCCAUGGUGUGGGCAUUGGAUUUAGACGACUUUAACAAUGUCUGUGGACUUGGAGUCAAUCCAAUGAUGUCUGUAUUGAAGGCAGUGCUGGAUUUGCCGACCACAGAACCUAUCAAACGCCCGACAUCAACACCUUUAAAUGUGAGGCCAGCUACAGAUGAUGUGACUCCUACAACACCACAGCCAAAGCUGACCACUACAACUGCUUAUGUUAGAACAACGAGUGGUACAAGUUUGCAGACCACGUCAAACUCUAAAACUACAUGUGGUAAAUAA